CAUUACGGAAGUAUAAAGGGGUGAAAUAUCUUUAUGCUGCGUUUUAUCGAUUAAAUUAUUAUAAUCAUAUUUUCAUUUCACCUUUUUGCAUGACGCGAACUGGCAUAAUAUGUACUGGCUAUACUUAAUAGAUAGCAAUUAGAAUUUUUAAUGAAUCAGUAGUGGGGAGUGUAUUAACUACUUCGCUAUAGCAAAUGUAAGUUAUUUCACAAUGGCUACGAGAGGUGUGAGCUUCGUUGAACAGCACUUUUUUCUUUCGAAUAGACUAGUUCAAUUAGUAUUGGGUUUACAUCGUAAUCAAAGUUCUAACAAUCAGCUUCUUCUACUUUCUACAAUAAUUGCUUACGUAUUACCAAUAAUUAUCUAUCAGUGCAAAAUUUUACAUUUGUUUUGUAAAAAUUUUAUAUUGCUGCAGUUAUAUCAACUUUUUACGAUGGAUUUCAAUCUGACAACGGCUGUCAUAGAAUUGCGAAAGAUAAUAGCAGCUUUCAUUAUGCUUUCUGCCUACAGUAACGCUAAUUUUCACUUUGUAACAAUGAAUUUACUUUUGAUUCGUUUUAAACAUGAUUGCGAGCAUUUGUCCGAUGAAAUGGAAUUGAACAUUAUGGAAAAAUAUACGAAGCAAACUAAGAUAUAUGCGUAUGCUAUCGUAGAUGGAAAAUACAGCAACAAUUUACAAAUGAUUCAAAAUAUAUACAUAGAUCUUUGUGUAGUCAAAAAUCUCAGCAAGAAUUUCAUUGGAUAAUAGACGUUAUAAAGUGUUAUAGAAAUGUCACUGAGUUAGUUCAAAAUAAUUUCUCUUCGCUUUUUUAUUACAUUAUAUUAUAUUAUAAAUCAUUUUUGUUUUCUUUCAAAGGUAUGUGGAUUUGAUAAACUAUUUUUCCAAUAUAAUUUACUUAAUUGCUGUUUUCUUUGCCAUGAUUAUCGUUGUAAUUGAUUUACUUUAUGUAAGUAAUACGUACGCUAUUAAUCGGAAAUCGUAAUAAAAAGAAGAAUCUUCGAUUGUUUUUAUUUGAGUAAAGUAAAUCUAAUUCAACAGUUUUUACUACGAAUUCCGGCAUUAUUUAUUAGCCACUUUGAGUUCUUCCAUAGUAUAUAUAUUUAUUAUUUAAAAAUCAUUGUUAAAUGUUUACUUAUUAUAUGGUUUACUUUUAGAUAUUUCGAUUAUCUGUGAAAUUGCAGAAUACAAUCAAAAUAAUUGAGUUCGGCACUUACUUUUUUGGUUCUCUAUUUAUCAUAUAUAUUAAUUUUUAUAUUGGCCAAAAAAUAUUGAAUUAUAGCAAUGAAGUUUUUAAAGAAUUGUAAGAUGUCACAAAGUUACUUUACACCAGCAAUUAGUAUAUAAUAUUUGACAAAUCUAUUAAGAUAAAAUUAAUCUUAUGGAUGAAAAAGUUUAAAGUUCAUAAUAUAUAAUUCAUCGGAUGAGUUAUUAACUAUUUUGUGUGAGAAACAAUAUAUUUUUUUUGCAGAUGUCAAAUUCCAUUUUACUUGUUACCUACAAAAACUCAAAAGUUGUUAUUAUUUAUGAUAGCAAGAAGUAUGAAGCCGUGCAUGCUUUCGAUCGGUGGAUUAUUCGUUUCGUCGCAUGAAGUUUUUUCUCAGGUAAGCAGUAAUACGUUGUCGACGAUGAAAAUAUCGUUUUAAUGGCGAUUUUAAUAUUUCAGUUACUACAAAAAGCAUUUUCUUUUGCUAUGGUGUAUUAUAAUGUUCAAUAACUUCAAGCUAAAUCAUCAUCAUAAUAAAGUUAUGUUAAUUUAUUUAAUAUCAGAUAAAAUCAAAUAUAUUUAAUUCUAUUGA